GAGAGGAGGAGCAGAGGCUGCAGUAUCAACAUCUUCGGAGAGGGUGAGACACCCUUUUAUCGAAAUAGAAAAAGAAAUGGUCAGUACAUAACGCGCAAUGCACUGGGAGAUUUUUUUAAAGCGCCGCCUGAGAAGGGUGAACAUGGAUUACUAUGUGGAGUUGUAGACGUAUCUUGGAAACACUGGCGAGGUGAUGCAGCAGCAGUAGCAGCGACGGCGAGACGGAGCAGAGCUGUCCGUCACACUCGCCUUCAGCUAGCUGGCUAGUUAUCUAGCUAGGUACUUGUGCAGGGAAAGGCGCAGCAGCCAGUAGGAACGCUGUGUAUAAAUAUAGCUACAAUCACUUCAUAUUUUUUCUUGAAGGGAAAUUGAGGAUGGACAGCUGUUUGCCACGCAGUGACUGUUUUCUUACUCGAAAUCGACUAUUUAAGACCGGGGCCAUCCGGUGAAGACACUUCGGCAGCAUCAUACAGAGCGGCCUGGGUGAGACUGGGCACUUGCAGGGAGAUUAGCCGCAAGGCACAAUUUGUCCCCGCACAAUAUUAUGGAAAUGGAUUAUUUUCCCUUCAAACAAACUUUCUUUCCUGACAAAGCUUUUCUUCAUUGCCACGGGUCGGUAACUUCAGAAAAUCCCAUGGAUGUAACUAUCUAACGACGUUAGUUUUCUUUGUAACGUUGGUUAGUUAACUGUUACUGCACUAACGUGUUCGCCUACUAAUUUCGUUUUCUAUGACAUUAUAAGUCCGCUUGCUUAUAAAGAUAAAUUGAUUAAUAGCUACAUAUAGUGAAGUUUAUUUACUGUAUCCCGAAAAUAAUACCGACAUCGUUGAUGUAUCAUAUUUGAAUUGUUUGGUAACUUGCUAGCUAACUGAAGACAUCUUCAUCAAAGGACAUGGAUCAGAUUAACAAUAGAAUUUGCACGAAUAUGAUAACUCCAAUCAGCUGAUGGACGUAUUCAUGGAAACGAUGCAACUUGAUGUUUCUGAACAUACUGGUUGAAAUGAGAUAGUAGAGCAAGGAAAAUAACCCCACAGACUUUGCCAAUUAUACAAACAACUUAUAUAAUAAACCAUGACGACCCCGGCCCUUCUGCCGCUGUCGGGUCGGAGAAUACCCACUCUCGCCCCUGGUGCGUCCUCUUUCCCGCAUCACCGGGCGACGCUGCGGCUCUCCGAGAAGUUUAUCCUCCUCCUCAUCCUCAGUGCCUUCAUCACACUGUGUUUCGGGGCGUUUUUCUUCCUUCCCGACAACUCCAAACACAAGCGCUUCGACCUGGGCCUGGAGGACGUCUUGAUACCGCACAUCAACUCCAACAAGGAGGGGAAACAGCCCAGCGCCCAGAUCAUCCACGGGCAGGGCGGGCACGAUGAACACCGUCACAGAGAGGAGGAGGAGAGCCUGCAGAGUAAGAUCCGGGCGGAUCACGAGCGGGCUCUGGAGGAGGCCAAGGAGAAGCUGCGGAAGUCUCGGGAGGAGCUGCAAGCCGUGAUCCGCACGGAGAAGACCAAGCUGGCCCAGGACCUGAAGAAGAGGGACAGCCCGCCGCCCCUGCCCCCGGUCCCCAUGCCCAAACUGGUUGGGGUGAAGGACGGUGACCCCGGCGACCCCGACGUCAAGGAGAAACGGGACAAGAUCCGAGAGAUGAUGAAGCACGCGUGGGACAGCUACAGGCAGUGUGGCUGGGGACACAACGAGCUCAAGCCGCUCUCUAAGAAAGGACAUUCCACCAACAUCUUCGGAAACUCCCAGUUGGGGGCCACCAUCGUGGAUGCCCUGGACACCCUGUACAUCAUGGGCCUCCACAACGAGUUCAGGGACGGGCAGGAGUGGGUCGAGCAGAACCUGGACUGGAGUGUGAAUGUCGAGGUGUCCGUCUUCGAGGUCAACAUCCGCUUCAUUGGUGGACUUCUGGCAGCCUAUUAUUUAUCAGGACAGGAGGUGUUUAAGGUGAAGGCGGUCCAGUUGGCUGAGAAGCUCCUGCCUGCGUUCAACACCCCCACAGGCAUCCCCUGGGCCAUGGUAAACCUGAAGAGUGGUGUGGGGCGGAACUGGGGCUGGGCGUCGGCCGGGAGCAGUAUCCUGGCGGAGUUCGGGACCCUCCACAUGGAGUUUGUUCACCUGACGUACCUGACCAGAAACCCUGUCUACUACCAGAAGGUGAUGCACAUCCGUAAGCUGCUGGCCAAAAUGGACCGGCCCAACGGGCUGUACCCCAACUACCUGAACCCCCGAACAGGCCGCUGGGGACAGCACCACACCUCGGUAGGGGGCCUGGGCGACAGCUUCUACGAGUACCUGCUGAAGGCCUGGCUGAUGUCUGGCAGGACGGACACGGAGGCCAGGAAGACCUACGAUGAAGCCAUCGAGGCCAUCGAGCGACACCUGAUCCGUAAGUCCAGCAGUGGGCUCACCUUCAUCGGCGAGUGGAAGAACGGCCACCUGGAGCGCAAGAUGGGUCACCUGACCUGCUUCGCUGGCGGAAUGUUCGCGCUGGGCGCCGACGGUUCCCCUGACGACAAAGCCGGGCACUACCUGCAGCUGGGCGCCGAGAUCGCACACACCUGCCACGAGUCCUACGACCGCACGGUGCUGAAGCUGGGUCCGGAGGCGUUUAAGUUCGACAGCGGUCUGGAGGCCGUGGCGGUGCGGCAGAAUGAGAAAUACUACAUCCUGCGGCCAGAGGUCAUCGAGACGUACUGGUACAUGUGGAGGUUCACCCACGACCCCAAGUACCGGCAGUGGGGCUGGGAGGCCGCGCAGGCCAUUGACAAGUACUGCCGUGUGAGUGGAGGCUUCUCCGGGGUCAAAGAUGUCUACUCGUCCAACCCCACCUAUGACGACGUGCAACAGAGCUUCUUCCUUGCAGAGACGCUGAAGUAUCUGUACCUGCUGUUCUCCGGAGAUGACCUCCUCCCCCUGGAGAACUGGGUGUUCAACACGGAGGCCCACCCUCUCCCCGUCCUGCACCAGAGAAACCUCACCCUGCCGGAGGGCAACACCCUGCGAUAGGGGCGGGGCAGUCUCUCCACCGCACAGGAAGCCCAAACAGACCCGCCCUGCCCAUGUUCCUCUCCACUUCAGGGCCUCAGAGAGCAGGGACUGGGCCUCUGUUCCUGCACUAAAGGCCAAAACUUUUGACUUAUUCCAUUGUUUCCCGUCGGACCAAACUUCACGUGCGCGAGGCGGAGGAGGACUACUGAACCGGUCUCUGCACAUUCACCUAUGCUGCUGAGAGAGGAUGUAUAUUUGUCAUUCCUGGACAGACACACAGACUGCACACCAUGCUGUGGCUGGAGAUAUGUGUGUAUAUCUCUGGAUUUAUCUGUUUAAAGAACAGGGGGGUGGUGAUGGUGGUUUAUACCGUGCUGGGAUGUAUGUGGGUUUCUGUAGAAAGACGUGUACAGACAGAAGGACGGUGGUUUUCACACUCGGACCGAGCGACUCUUUGGCCUCUGCUUUUCUGGGGCGUUAUUUUUCCUCAUUUCUGGCUUGAAUACAACCGGAACCCAUCUCUAAACAACAGCACUUCCUGUUUACUCCCUACAUAAGGACCUUUGACCUGGAACUAUACUGAUCCCGCCGCCCUCGCUUUGGUGGGACAGAGAGGGCCUCCAUUUUGUGUGGGAUCAAUCCGUACGUCCUGCUGUUUCUGUGCAUCGCCCCCAGCUCGAGGGUCAGCUGAGAAAGCGUACGUUGACCGCAGCCGCGGCUAACAGAGUCUCAUAUUGCCCAACUGCCUCAGUCAGUGCUGACCUUUCAUCUGCAGCCCGCUCUCUCCUCCUCACGGCCGGGGAGAUAAACGCUGUGUGCGUACGUGCUGUAGCAGUUGUGUAACGGCGGGCUAUCGAUUAGGGGAGUUCAGCGGCAGGUGCUGAAGCUUUACUGGAGAGCUUGUGCUUCUGCUGUCUGGCCGACCAAUCGCUCACUGAGAUGCUUAGAUUGCACCAAUCACACCAAACCAUAAACCGCAGCGCCGAUAAUUCAGUUCACGUUCAUCGCCUUCAUGUUAGUCAACAUCCUGUGGGCAGUCAUUCGUAAGUGACCCACAGUCAAUGUUUUCAGUGAAGAUGAGGGAUGAGCUUUGUGCUAAGCAUUAUUUUUUGUGUAAAAGGUGAGGAGGGUUCUAUAGGAGCAGUCGUAGUCCUGUACAAGCUCCAAUAGGGAGCGCUAUCUUACAUCAGAGCUCUACCUGAGGGGCAGGAGGCAGGUAAACAGUGAAAUGUUCAGUGUUAAAUCAGCUCCAAUGAGUUGAAUUAACACUGGACAUUUUUCUGUAUGUAAAUACUCUCCUGAUAGAUGCUGACAUUUAGACAGUGCAGUCUUCUGCCUGCUGGGUGUUCCCUCCCAGUAAAUCCCUCUAGUGCCACCCGGUGGUGUAGAUUUUUUUGCGUUUGUUUCCCCUCAGUUUUAGAAAGUUUCUACAAUGGCUGAAGAUUUCCAUUCCUACCUUCACUAAACCCUGAGAAGACCCCCCAGGCUUAGUACAGCAUCUCUUCACUGGUAACGUUACACAGGGAAAUAUACUACAUUUCCCAUACACUCCACCCACUCGCCAGUAGAAUUCUGUUUCAUAUACCACCACAACAGUCAUUUGCCCAAUGUCUGCACACCAGUUGGCAUAAUUAACAGGGGUUGUUACUUGUACCAUUUUUUGUUAAUCACUGCUGUUUGGGUGAUGUUAACCUACAGUGGUGUCAAAGCACUAUUUGUUGUGUAUGUACAUUGUACAAAAUGAAGUAUGAACCUUCAGGACCUGGAAGUUUCUCUGCAGAAGCAUGAAGGAAUAAGGCUUAUGGGGAAUAAUGAGGUCUGUUGUACCCUCUGUUUUAGAAAGAGACCUCAGGUGUCCUUUAAGCCUGAGGAGUCCAUAAUGAAGACCAAUACUCUGGACACUAAUAUAAAUGAGGGUAGUCAACCACAAUAUCACUCAGUGAAAAGAAACACCCUACAUGAGUCGUACCCUCUCUGCUCCGGCUGAAACCGGUUCUGUUGACGUUCGAUUUUCCAUUCGUCGGUGUGGCUCUGUGUUUUACCGUCCUUUUGCACUUUCUGUGGCCCAGUUGUGAUCGAGCCGCAUGUUCUCUGUUUGUUGCCUUAAAAAAGAGGAACAGAAAGAACAAGGACUUUCUGGAGAAGCUAAAGGGACGUUCGUCGAAGUUAGGUUUUUUUUUUUUUUUUUGACGUUGCUAAUGUGUAAAUGUGUUUGUCCGGGCUAUUCGAGGAGAGAGGGGAAAAAGGCCUUCCAAGGUCGAGGAGUGAGAGAGAACAUUUUCCAUGAGGGUACUUGAAUAAAGUUGAAUAAUGGAACCAGACAAUCACAGCGGAUCGACAGCCCUCCCCACCUGUCCUAUAAUGGGUUGGGGGGUGAGACUGGAGUCCCUGGAGACGUGAAGAAUGAGCAGUCGAUCGACGACACUAUUUUGUUCCACCAGCGUGCUGCUGCCUUCUGGCACAUUCUUCAGUGGAAAUGAAGGAAGACUGAGCCUCUGACCCUUCCUGUCCUGCUCCCCCAGGGGGCAGUAGUGGCACUGCUGGCCUCGCUUGCGUUGUGUUUGUACUGGGUUUGUUUGUUUUUUCUACUCAACAUCAUCAUGACGUCGUCUUCUGCUCCCAAACGGACGCUGAACAAAGCUUGGAUGUCAUCUCUUACCCACGGAUUUUCAAACACAGUAUUCCACGUUUGUAUUUUUACUGAUCAAAAUGAAUUGUAAAUAUGUUUAAAAUACAAAACACAGAGUAAAAAAAAAAAACUGAUUGAAUAAACAUAUGAUGAAAAAUGA